AUGAAAAAUGAGGAAGAUGCCGUAACAUUGAAGGAGGAGAAUGUAGUGAAAGACGAGGAAGAACCUUUCAGAAUCAAAAAGGAGGAAGAUGCCGUUACAUUGAAGGAGGAGAAUGUAGUGAAAGACGAGGAAGAACCUUUCAGAAUCAAAAAGGAGGAAGAUGCCGUUACAUUGAAGGAGGAGAAUGUAGUGAAAGACGAGGAAGAACCUUUCAGAAUCAAAAAGGAGGAAGAUGCCGUUACAUUGAAGGAGGAGAAUGUAGUGAAAGACGAGGAAGAACCUUUCAGAAUCAAAAAGGAGGAAGAUGCCGUUACAUUGAAGGAGGAGAAUCAUGAGAGAAUACACACAAGGGAGAAGCCUUAUCACUGCACCCAGUGUGGAAAGUGUUUCAAUCAGCCAUGGCAUCUGAAACGGCACGAGAGAAUACACACAGGGGAGAAGCCUUACCACUGCUCCCAGUGUGGAAAGUGUUUCAGCCAGUCAGGGGAGCUGAAACAACACGAGAGAAUACACACAGGGGAGAAGCCUUACCACUGCUCCCAGUGUGGAAAGUGUUUCAAACGGCCAGGGCAUCUGAAACAGCAUGAGAGAAUACACACAGGGGAGAAGCCUUACCACUGCUCCCAGUGUGGAAAGUGUUUCAACCAGUCAGGGGAGCUGAAAGGACACGAGAGAAUACACACAGGGGAGAAGCCUUACCACUGCUCCCAGUGUGGAAAGAGUUUUACGCUUUUAGGAACCCUUAAAGCUCACGAGAGAAUACACACGGGGGAGAAGCCUUACCACUGCUCCCAGUGUGGACAGUGGUUCAAUCAGCCAGGGCAUCUGAAACGGCACGAGAGAAUACACACAGGGGAGAAGCCUUACCACUGCUCCCAGUGUGGAAAGUUUUUCAACCAGUCAUGGGAGCUGAAAGUACAUGAGGGAAUACACACAGGAAAGAAGCCUUACCACUGCUCCCAGUGUGGAAAGAGUUUCAAACAGCCAGGGCAUCUGAAAGGGCACGAGAGAAUACACACAGGGGAGAGGCCUUACCACUGCUCCCAAUGUGGAAAGUGUUUCAAACGGCCAGGGCAUCUGAAACAGCAUGAGAGAAUACACACAGGUGAGAAGCCUUACCACUCCUCCCAUGUUGCAAAGCUUUUGCCCAUUUAG